AUGCCAGCACCAGCGCCGGGGCUCCAGUCCAUCUCGGACUUGACCACAACGUCCCGUAUCACAACGGGCGACAUCCCCCCUCCCCUCGUCGGCGCGACAAUGACCAUCGUCGAUGAUAAAUUAUACCUCUUUGGAGGUCGAUUGAUCCAGACACGACAGAUGACCAACUCGCUCUUUAUACUCCAUCUCGACGAGUUUCGCUGGGAGAAUGUCUCCGAGAUUAACGAGAUGUCGCCUCCUCCCACAGAGAGAUAUUUCCACUCGGCAAACCCCUACAAGAACAUGAUCGUCUUCUUUGGAGGUAUGGGCCCCUCCCUCUCCACGAUUGACGGCCAGCAACAGGACCUAGUUGUCUUUGAUGACAUCAAGGUGCUAGAUCUCGAGCUCUUGCAGUGGCGCCAGGUUCGCAUUCCUUCUUCACCCCAUGCACCUAAACCCCGUUACGCGCACCUCUCCAGCAUCUCUGGCAGCAAGCUAGCUGUCAUCGGAGGUCAGGAUAUCGGCAACCAAUACAUCGAAGAGAUUAAUGUUCUCGACCUUGAUAGCUGGCAGUGGGUUGCCUCGAUGCCCUUCGACAAGCACUGUGGAUCCUACCGUUCCAUUGCGGUCAGUGGUAGUGGCCAAGGCUCGCCUCCUUCGGAAAAUCGCUCGUCGAUUUACCGUCUUUCUCAUAUUAUGACAUCCACGCCGGUCCAGCAGGAGGAGCAUCCCAUCUACCUGUACUCGAACUUUAAUUUCACAGACGUCAAGCGCGAGCUCCAGGUUCUCAGCCCACCUCAGUUCCAGAUUCAGGAUCACUCGCACUCUAUGUCUGGCAGCUUGCUCCCACCCGGCCUUCGCUUCCCAACAGGCGCCAUCGCAGGACAACAUUUGCUUCUCUCCGGCACCUAUCUCACCAAUACUCAGCAGUCCUUCAGCAUCUGGUCCCUAAAUCUCUCAAGCCUGGUCUGGACCCGCAUCGAUACCGGCUCUGUCUUCAGCUCUGGCUCAUGGAACCGAGGUUUGCUGCUCGAGUCUUCGAAUGCAUACCUUGUCUUUGGAAACAGGAACAGGAGCCUUGCAGACGACUACCAGAAUCGCCAGACCAACUUUGAGCAUGUCUCCAUUGUCGACCUGGAAGCAUUUGGUAUCUACCAGCAUCCACCCACGACGAUGACCCAAACUGCACAGGAGUUGGGAUUGGGGCUGCUGAAUGAUCCGGCAAUGGCCGACUUUGAGAUCUUGACCAUCGAUGGCCAGCGUAUCCCAGUCAACUCUUCGAUUCUAGCGGCUCGUUGGCCUUACUUUGGGGCGCUUUUGCAGAAUAACGACUACGACCCAUCGCUAUUUGCAAAGAAGACCUUGUCCCUCCCGGAGCCGUAUACAGUCGUUCUGGCAUUCCUACAGUAUCUUUACACGGACCAUCUAGUAACUGCCCAACAGCAUCAUUCUCAGGUCUUAUCGCAAUUGUUGCUGCUCGCAGAUAUGUACGGUCUUGACCGCCUCCGCGAUCUUGCAACACAUGCUCUCCAUCAAAUGCUUAACAUGUCCACCGCAGCCAUGGUCUACGAAACCGCAGCACUCUCUCAGCAGACAGGACUCCAGAUUCGGUCUCUCAAGGUCAUGAUUGCAGCCAAGAAGAUGCUUCAGCAGCAACAG